AUGUCAAAUGUAGUUCUCGUCAGCGGAGCCAACCAAGGGAUUGGCUACGAAAUCGCCAAACAACUCAGCCAGAGACCAGACUAUCAUGUUCUUCUCGGAUCCAGAGACUUGGCCAAAGGACAAACAGCCGCUUCUCUGAUUCGAGAAACCGGAGGAAGUGUCGAAGCAAUUCAUCUCGAUGUCACCGACCGCAAAUCAAUGUCCGCCGCACGACAAUACGUCCAAACCACAUAUGAACGCCUCGACGUCCUUAUCAACUACUCACUAGGUCAAGCCAUGCAAGACACUUUUGCAACAAACACUUCCGGCGCGGCAGACCUGACCGAAACAUUCCUCCCUCUUCUAAAAUGCAGCCGACUGCCACGAAUGGUCUUUGUGUCAAGCAGUGUAGGCAGUCUGCACACAUUUGCAGAUUUCAAGCCUUCGUAUACAAUGACAAAGUACUUUGCUCCGGCAUAUGCGUGCAGCAAAGCCGCAUUGAACAUGCUGAUGUUGCAUUACAAUGUGCAGUAUGGAGACAAGGGGUGGAAGAUUAAUGCUUGUUGUCCUGGGUUUCGGACGAACUUUUGCAAUCAUGACGAAAAGGCUGGUCCUGUGGAUGAAGGCGCACUGGCUGCCAUCAAGCUGGCUACUCUGGAUGAAGACGGCGAAACUGGUACGUUUGUCAACAUCAAAGGACAGAUCGCUUGGUAG